UGGGCUUACAUUAUACACAAAUAUUGCGAUAAGAAAUAAAUACUGGCAACACUCUAUAUCCCGGAAAUAUUCACGUCCUUCCAGUCGGAGGAAAAUCCAUUUCUCGUCCAUUUUCUGUUGGAGUCUUUCUCGGAUAGUACACGUUGUCUGUAUCCGUGAUAAUCCAAGAUGGGUAAGGAAAAGAUUCAUAUCAACAUUGUCGUGAUUGGACACGUCGACUCCGGCAAGUCCACCACCACCGGCCACUUGAUCUACAAAUGCGGCGGUAUCGACAAACGUACCAUCGAGAAGUUCGAGAAGGAGGCCCAGGAAAUGGGUAAGGGAUCCUUCAAGUACGCGUGGGUACUGGACAAGCUGAAGGCUGAGCGUGAACGUGGUAUCACCAUCGACAUCGCCCUGUGGAAGUUCGAGACCGCCAAGUACUACGUCACCAUCAUCGACGCCCCCGGCCACAGAGAUUUCAUCAAGAACAUGAUCACCGGAACCUCCCAGGCCGACUGCGCCGUGCUCAUCGUCGCCGCCGGUACUGGAGAGUUCGAGGCCGGUAUCUCCAAGAACGGACAGACCCGCGAGCACGCGCUCCUUGCCUUCACCCUGGGAGUCAAGCAGCUCAUCGUCGGAGUCAACAAGAUGGACUCCACUGAGCCUCCCUACAGCGAAUCUCGUUUCGAGGAAAUCAAGAAGGAAGUCUCUUCCUACAUCAAGAAGAUCGGUUACAACCCGGCCGCUGUUGCAUUCGUCCCCAUCUCUGGCUGGCACGGAGACAACAUGUUGGAGGCAUCCACCAAGAUGCCCUGGUUCAAGGGAUGGGCUGUUGAGCGCAAAGAGGGCAAGGCUGACGGUAAAUGCCUCAUUGAGGCUCUGGACGCCAUCCUCCCUCCCGCUCGCCCCACAGACAAGGCCCUGCGUCUUCCCCUGCAGGACGUCUACAAAAUCGGUGGUAUUGGAACGGUGCCCGUCGGCCGUGUGGAGACUGGUGUGCUGAAGCCCGGUACCAUUGUUGUAUUCGCCCCUGCUAACAUCACCACUGAAGUCAAGUCCGUGGAGAUGCACCACGAAGCUCUCCAGGAGGCUGUGCCCGGAGACAAUGUUGGUUUCAACGUCAAGAACGUCUCCGUCAAGGAAUUGCGUCGUGGUUACGUCGCCGGAGACUCCAAGAACAACCCACCCAGGGGAGCUGCUGACUUCACUGCUCAAGUCAUUGUGCUGAACCACCCCGGUCAGAUCUCCAACGGAUACACCCCAGUGCUGGAUUGCCACACUGCUCACAUUGCCUGCAAGUUCGCCGAGAUCAAGGAGAAGGUUGACCGUCGUACUGGUAAAUCCACUGAGGACAACCCUAAGUCCAUCAAGUCCGGUGACGCCGCCAUCGUCAUCCUGGUGCCCUCCAAGCCUCUGUGUGUGGAGUCCUUCCAGGAGUACCCCCCUCUGGGUCGUUUCGCCGUGCGUGACAUGAGGCAGACUGUGGCUGUCGGAGUCAUCAAGUCUGUCAACUUCAAGGACCCCUCAGGUGGAAAGGUCACCAAGGCCGCUGAGAAGGCGAAGGGUGGCAAGAAGUAGCUACUAGCACUGAUACCAGCACAAUUUUUUAUUUAUCUGCGAUACUUCAUUCACCGAAAGGUGUUCAGGAGGAAAAAGGGCUACAAACUCAUUCCUUUUCUAUUUUUUACAAGGCUUAUACUGUAACAUUUAUUUUAUAAUUUAUGAUAAGGUUAUACAUAUAUCUGAAAUAUUUUGUUAUAAAUGACUCCAUGUGUAAAUUCAUAGAAUAAAGUAGCCUCCAGAAGAAA